AUGAAUCCGCUGUCCACCGACGAAAUGGAACGGUUCCAGAAACUGUCAAACGAGUUCGAGCCGGAUGUUCAGGGCCCUCUUGUGUCGACCAAGCAGUCGAGCAGUGCGAUUGCAAUGGAGUAUGCAAAUGCCGAUCCUACCUUCGCAACAAAGACUAGCGCACUGGCUGCGACGCACCCGUUUUCUCGUAUCAUGAAGGGUGACGGGAACUGUGGAUGGAGAGCCGUUGCGUUUGGAUAUUUCGAGAACCUCUUCAAUCUUAGGAACACCCUUCAGGUUCAGCGCGAGUUGCUCCGGAUCAAGUCGUUGAAUGUCCUUCUAGAUCAAGUUGGCCAGCAAGAACAUUUGUAUGAGAUUUUUGUGGAUGAGACGGAGCAAGUCUUUUCGCAAAUAACCGAAGCAAUCCAGAAUGGAAUCCGGGAUGACUCAUUUUUGGUGGACGCGUUCAACUCAGAAUAUAACUCGAGUGCCAUCAUCACUCAUUUCAGAGUCAGUGCCCUUUUCAACGCAGAGCUGUCCACUCAAUGUCUUCUUCUAACGAGUGCUUGGAUGAAACUCAACCCUCAUCGGUACCAAGCAUUUCUGUCUUUACCCAUUGAUCAGUAUUGUGGAACGCGGAUAGAGACCGUCAGAACUGAGAUUGAUGAAGUCGGCCUUCAAGCAUUGGUCGACGGGGUAAUCGAGGGAUCCGAUUUCGCAGUAGAAAUCCUGUAUCUUGACCGCAGCGAAGGCGACGUGGUCACGCCUCACCUCUUGACGCCGAAUCGGCCCGUUGCUGGAACGAUUCGGUUGCUAUACCGCCCGGGCCACUAUGACCUUCUCUAUCAGCCCGAGCCCACCGUGAACCUAGAACCGGUGGUCAAUUAUCAGUAUGCAAUGACUUCGAACUACUCGCCUUGGGACCAAAGCGCCCUCUCCUUCGAUGUCAACUCUAGUUUAAUGUCGAUUCCCAAUCUGAUGAUGGACCCAUCGUUCGCACUUGCGCCUUCUCCAAUUCCCGCCGCUCCUCCAAGCCCAUACCGGGUCUCCUCCGCCCCCGAGAUCUAUCAACCCCCGAUGCAGACCCCGUCACCCGCACCCGUGGCCUCACCACCGCCUCCCCCCUUGUCGGCACCGCCGGCGCCACCGCCAAUGACCUCCUUGCCCAGUCGCUUGUCAGACGGGCCCCAAAUUCGGUUGAAUCCCUUGGUGAUGAAGCCCAAUUUGAGCCACUCGCUUCCAGUUACCACACCGUUUAAGAAGCCGUCGUCUUCCUGGCAGGUCAACGGUAGUGCCGACCUGCAAAAAGAACCUCAUGAUCAAUAUCCCUCCUUCUCCGACUCUUCUUUCUCCGACAACCUUCUUAACCCUUAUACUCCGCAAUUGUUUCCCUUGGAUUCGCCUUUCAACCUACCUGGUGACGACUUCGCCGGUCUCGAAUCCCUCGACACUUGGGCCCCGGUAACUGACGGUCCAUAUCAGCCACUGCCUGCUAUUUCAACUUCGUUCUACCCAGCACCCUACACACCUGCCGCUGAACCACAGCCAAGUCUCUUGCAGAAUGAGCUUUCCUUUCCGGAACCGGAUGUUUCGAACGAUCUUUUCCCUUCGCACGAGCCUCCCUUGAUAUAUUCUGAAGGCUCCCAAUAUCAACCACCUCCCAUGUCUCUUCCAGCUUCGACCACCUCACCCUCCAACUCGUCCACUCCGAGUGAUACGGGUACGACUCGGUCCAAGCCCGCGAUUUCGCGAAUCGAGAAGCGCCAGUUGAACACGAUGGCGGCGCGCCGCUAUCGCCAACGACGAGUCGACCAGGUGAAUCAGCUGGAGGCCGAGCUCAAGAAAGUCAAGGAGGAGCGGGAUGCGUUGAAAAUGCGCGUCUCCAAACUGGAAGGCGAGACGGAUGCUCUUCGGAGUCUUGUGGGGAGGGAAAAGAAGUAG